AAGAAAAGAAAAGAAAAAUUAACGUAUAAUGUUGAGAGCAUUCGGACAAUUUUCUGGCAUUGCCAAACGAUUCUCUUCUACAGUUGCCACCCCCGCUCCUUACUUCAUUUCCCGGACAGCUAACCAGGGACUUCCUGUCUACACCGAGAUCAAGAACGGCGGUACUCAGAAACUGACCAUUGUUCGUCGCAUUGAAGGUGAUGCCGAAGUAUUGAUGCACGAGAUCCGCGCCUUGUUCCCCAAGGAUGCUCCUAAGAAUAUUGUCAGAGUCAACCCCACCAACAACCAGGUUAUCAUCAAGGGUAUUCACGGAAACGAAAUUAAGCAAUGGUUGAUCGAGAAGGGCUUCUAAAAAAAACUGAACAAAAAGAAUGAAAGAAAAAGAGAUUAUGACAACGACAAAAAAAACGAAAAGGUGAAAAUCCUUCGCUUCAUGUGAAGGUUUUUGACAUGUAAAUACAUUUGGAAAGUUUCAAAGGCAAAAAAAAGAAAAAGAAAGAAGGGACAAAACAAUUAUAAUAUAAGAAGAGGGAAGAAGACAAGCUUAUUCUUGAUUUUAUAAAGGAGCGACUUGUCAUUAACCUCCAUGAAGAUGUAAGGUACUUAGUUGUUUGAGUUAUGUCUUUUUUUGUUGUAAAAAAAAAGAUAAAAAAAAAACAUGGUGAUCAAU